AUGGACAGUGGAUAUAGUGGCAGUCAUCGUUAUCGUAAAAACAUUACCUACAGGAGUCUAAGGAAGUCAGCUGCUCAAAUGAUGUCGAAUAUCAAAAAGAAACUAUCCCAUGCCGAACAGUCUGUCCGAUCUCGUCGUGUUCUUCAUCCUUUAAAUGAAUCUUAUUCUUCGUCGCCUAAGAGUGCAAGAGUGCGCGUCGUCAUUCCACAGCUUUCUGAUGAAAAGAAUGUUUACUCCACAACCAAUGGAAAACCUGAGCUGGAAGGAUAUAAAUUCGACAGUGAGAGCAACAUCCUUCAGACACCAGAGCCUGCCGAAACACCAAGAUUUCAUCGAAGGAAGAUAGAAAAGAGCGCACGUUUACGUGCAUUUGGUCUUCGGUGUGCUUUUAAAAGUCCAGCACCGUCUGCGUGUCGUUCAGCGGUUGGUCGCUCGGCGAAACAGAAAGCUGUUUUGAAAAUUCGUGAGAUUCAAUCACCCAAGUAA